GAGUAUACCGCCGGGCAUGCCUGGCACGUGCCUGGGCUGCCCUUUUUCUUUUUUUUAUUUUUUUUUAUUUUUUUUUUUAAAUGAAAACAAAAACAGAAAAAGGAAGAGUAGUACUUGCUUUCUCUUUCUCGAUCCCUCUCUCAAAAUCGCUGCUCUCAGUUCCUCUCUCACCGCCGGCCGCCGCUCUCAAUCCCUCUCUCACUGCUCUCAAUCUCUCUCCCUCACCUCGCCGUAACGCCGUUCAAUCUUCCGCCGCAGCCGCACCACUGCUCAGCUCACCGCGCCGCACCGCACUCACUCUUUCUCUUCGUCUCGUUUGAGAGUGCUCUCAUUAACAUGUAUGCAAAUUGUGGUGCAAUGGAGUUUGCUAGGGAAAUAUAUGAAGGACUUCAGUUUUCAUUUAAAUUCAUUCGAACAACACAUGCUAUUGCUCAUUCCUUCUAUCUAAUCUUUCUUAUUUUUUGGUACAUCGUUGUAACUAUAACAAAUCCAUAUCUAUAAUAAUAAACCAAUCUAUAUAUCUAUAAGACGCCAAUGUGCCCUGAAAAAACCUAAAAUACCCAUAUCUAAAAAAUUGACACCACAUCAAAAAACCUAAAAUGCCCCCUAACUAAAAAAUCAGAAAUUUAGUGAAAAUACCAUGGCUCUUUUACUCUGUGAGAGUAUUUUAAUUAAAUUUUUUUUUAUAUAUGAUUAAAUUUGGUGUGUAUCUUUGAUUUGUUGGCUUUCGCCGCCAAUCACAGCUCCGCUGAAAUUCGUCAUUUGAGUGUACUAUUGGUGUCUUUGAACGCCGCCAAACACAUUGAUUAAGCAAAGAACGAACAAGAGAAGGGUCUGCGGAGUAUUAGGGGAAGAGGUUUACGGCAAAACCCUAACAAUGAUAGUUUCUUCACAAAUUGACUACAAUGGAGGAAGAGGAAGAUGAAUCAAUCGGGUAAUUCAAAAAUUAGCUCUGAAUUUCCAAUGGCUUUCCCUCCUUAUCGUCCAUCUCACUUCCGUAGUCAAACUUACAACACUCUUGUUUGUAUUCUCACUCAUCUUUCUCCUUCCACCGUUCCCACUCAACCCCUCAAUCUUCCUGAUAAUAAUGGCAAUGUUGGAAUGGGGCAAGAAAAGGAGCCUGAGUGCUCUGAGUUGAAAGUUGGUUCUGAUGUUAAGGAUCCCAAGGGUCCAGUACCCUUGGAGGAUACCAUUGGAAGUGUUGGAGACAAGGACAAGGAUUUGAGUGCCACCGCUAUGGUCCUAGAUGAUAUACAAUUUCUGAUGGGAAGUGAGGAACCAUCUACACAAACAAAUGAUUUUCAAUGCGAGCAGAAAUUAAUGGACGAGUUGGAGCUGGUUAUGAAAGGGAUUGAAGAUCCUGUUUGUGAUAACUGUUUAAUCCCCUUGAACUGUGAGAAACAAAAUAGUGGUAGUGAAGUUGAUUUGAUGGAUUACCAAGUAGAAGAACAUGUUGAAUUUCUGCAGUCUGGAACAAACACGUCUGAAAGUGUAAGUGAGGUGUUGACACAAGUACAAGGGGAGCAUAAUGAACUUGCCUCCGAAGGAUUUCAUGUGUUAGAGUCAACAAAGGAACACACUUCCAAUUCCGUAAUUAGUACAUCAAGAAUAGAGAAUGAUAGUCAACAGAAGGAAACAGAAUUGGUGAAUCCGGCUUCUCCUGUAGCGGUCUCACUUCCUACUAUACAAGAGGAUGAAUUUGAGAAGGAAGAACAGGAUGGUCAUAAGGUUGUUGAAGAAACUCAUAGUUCUUUAGAUCUUGAUACAAAUAUUGAAGCAUUGAAUAUGGCAGAAGAUGGUGGAUUACUAGAUUCAUCAAUUAUGAAAGAUAAAUUCGAAACAGAAAAUGAAGAGAAAUCAGAUAAGUUAAUUUGUGUCAGAAAUACAACAAAUUCUUCUGAUAUUCUGAUUGAAGGAGAUCUAGAAGAGGGAGAAAUUUCUGGAUAUUUUGCAAUGGAUGAAAACACUUUUGAUGUGUCUUCUGCGGAUGAUAUUGUUUCAGAACAGAUGAAAGUGGAUGAAAUUCAGAAAGCCGGGAAUUCAUUUGGAAACACGAUACCUCCUUUAAAUAUGGGUCUCUCCUUUCAAGGUUUUCCAUCUAAUCUUUUAACGGUAAAUGCAAUUCAAGAUUCCAAUAGCAAUGGACAAGUGCAACCUAGGACUAUCAAUGCCAUACCAACAAAUUUAACCCAAAAUCAAGUCUUGCACAAAGGAUUCAUGGAAGAAACUGCUAUCAAAUAUCACAAGAACUCGUCUGCAGCAGCACAGCAGAUGGCUGAUGCCAGCAGAAAGGAACAAAGUAGUCCUGGCCCUAAGAAGAAGAAAAACAAAAAGGAAGUGCUCGAUGCCAGUAGAAAACGAAAACAUGUUCCUGAUUCUGAGAAGGAAGAUGGAAUAAAGGAAGAUGAAAAUAAGCAGAUGGUUGAUGCCAGUGGACGUAAACGUGGUCCUGGUUCUCAGGAGAAGAAAACUAGAAAGAAGGAGAAGUAUCGAAAUAACAGAGCAAAAAAGAACAGAGAACUAGGUGUUAAAAAGUUGAAGUUCAUUCCAGUACAAAAACAAAAAAUUGUUACAUUUUGUCGCCAUUAUAUGCAAGGAAGGUGCAACGAGGGUGACAAAUGCAAUUUCUCACAUGAUACUGUUCCUUCAACAAAGUCCAAGCCAUGUUUUCACUUUGCUCGCCACUCUUGUAUGAAAGGAGAUGAUUGCCCAUAUGAUCAUCAGCUCUCCAAGUAUCCUUGUUCCAAUUUUGUGUCUAAAGGCUCUUGUAGUAGAGGCAAUGCUUGUAUGUUUUCACACAAGGUGCCAACCAACCAAGAUAUGCCUACGCCUACAAAUGCUUGCAAACCAGAGUUGAAGUCUCCUCUUUCGUUGGGAAAUACAAAUUUCAGUACGCCACUUAAUAAUCAUGGCAAUAGUUCUGUCCAGCGAAACCACUUCACCAAUUCUAAGGGAAUUUAUUCUCACACCAAUGUAGAACAUAAGGUGACAGACACUUCGCAGACAAAGCCAACCUCAGUACCCAAAGGAAUUAGAUUCAUAAAUGUUGCCAACAUAUCACCUAGUACGCCAAAACAAGACACGGUAACACCAAACAAGGGAAGUGUUGGCAGCACUGGGACGUGUGCAGAUAAAGGUCAAAAUACUGUGGAAGUUCCUAAGAAAUUUCCAGCUGCCACACCUAAGGGAAUUAACUUUCUUUCUUUCGGCAAAAGUUCUGUUUGCAGUUUUAAAAGUUCUAUUCAAUCCACUACAGAAGGAAAGAUAUUGAAGUUGCCUCAGUCAGUCAAUUUUGGUUUGUCUGAACAUUCAAUUUCAUCUCUGAAUAAGGAUGAUUAUGGAAAAGCCAGUGACAGAACUGCAGAAAGUUUACCACAAACUGCGCUAUUCUCACAUGACAUUUUAGACAAAAAUCAAUCCAUGGCAGACCGAAUGAAAUCAAAGUUUCUAAGGAAAGAUUCAACCGAUGAUUCUGUGAGGGAUCACGGCCAUUGUAAAUCAGUUCUAGAAGGAAAAAAAGCAUCCGAUAAUUCUCAGACUUCAACUGUGACCUCAGCUACGCUUCUUGCUCGUCCGUUUGCUUCACAGCAGUCUUCAGAUGGUGUACUAUCUGGAUAUCAUAAACAAGCAUCAAACUUAGGCCAAAGGGCACUCUUGUCGACUUUAGCUUUUGCAGCAGAGCAUGAAUCAGGUAUUAAGAUGAAGUGCCCUACUGGUGUUUCACCUGUAUAAUCGGAGGAAAAUGAGUAAAACAAUUGCACUCGGAGUAUGACAAGAAUAUCAUUUCUAAAAUUUGAUUCAAUACAUGAAGCUCUUGGUGAUUUGAAUCAAGGCACUUCUCCCAGCUUAUUAGAUGAUAAGCAGAGAGGGGGUCGUUUAAUUUGCAAAGUUUCUAUUUCUCUCCCAGUAUGAUUGCAGGUAUUGCACUCAUGAUGUUCUUUAUGACAACAAAUUUGCAAAGGUUUACAUAUUUUUAAUAGAGGAUUUCUCCAUCCACUGUCCCUACAGCAAUAUCUGCAAUAUUCUUGUUUCUGGAAGUGACUUGAAUUUUGAAGUGAUUAAUUAAUUUUGAACUUUUGGUUCUAUCAUCAAACUUGGUCUUGUGUUUGCUUGUACAGGUAUAUAUUUUGUAUUUAACACUACUAGAAACUUCUGGUUUCAGAAAAAUUCUGAAAAAACAGUUUGGAGCAAUAUACGGGUGUGAUUUUCCUGCAUCACCUUGAUGUAAAUUGUAAUAUACAUUACAACUUUUUCUGUCUCCGGGCCUAUAAUUUUAGAGUAAAAAUUCAUUUUAGGUAUUGAGAAAAUAACUUGAAGAUACCAAUGUUGGUUCAAGAGGCGAAGAAUUGAGUUUGCGCGUUUGGAUGUCUUUCACUAGAAUCGAUUUUGCCUUUCAAAGUUGAUUCUAACAUGAAGCUGUGAUUUGUGCUUUUGACUCCA